AUGUUUGAAGAAACUCAUCCGAAACCGUCUGUUCCUGGUGACAUUUGCCAUCUGAGUUUUAACAUUCGAGUCCAAAGGACAUACAACAGUGGAGUACAAAACAUAUUUGGCAUCCGAGAUCAAGAAUCAAGAAGGGAAACACUCAGUUGGAUAACAUUAAAUUGGGCUCUUUGGAGCCCUUUCCCCCUUCAAAAAAAAAAAAAAACAUUAAAUUGCUCUAACCUCAUCCGAUCCCAUUAUUCUUGGCGCGUAAAAAGAAGAAGGAAACGGAACUAUGAACAGAUUAUAGAGAAAACAUUUUUAGGGUUUUUUUGUUUCGGUUCCGUGGCUUCUUUGGUUCUCCCUGUUUUCUCCUCAAUUAUAUCUGCUUCAUCCUCUUCUUCUUCUCCAUCAUCACCACCACCAAAACAAGUUAAAUUGAGAGAAGAUUGGAGAAAUCGUUCAAAACCUAUACCUCCUGGUGGUACUUAUCCUGCUAAAGAUCAGUGCAGUAAAUGUGGAUUAUGCGAUACUUAUUACAUCGCUCAUGUGAAGAAUGCUUGUGCUUUCUUAGGCGAUGGCAUGUCUAGAAUUGAAGGUUUGGAACCUGUGGUUCAUGGUAGAGGGAGGGAUGAAGACUCACUUGAUGAAACUUAUUUAGGGGUUCACGAGGAGUUGUUAUAUGCUCGUAAAACUGAGCCUGUUGAAGGAGCACAGUGGACAGGGAUAGUGACAACCAUCGCGAUAGAGAUGUUGAAAGCAAACAUGGUUGAUGCUGUGAUUUGUGUGCAGAGUGACCCAGAGGACAGAUUUACUCCUAGGCCUGUCUUAGCCAGGACGCCAGAAGAAGUGCUGGAGGCAAAAGGUGUAAAGCCAACACUAUCUCCUAACUUAAACACGCUUGCCCUUGUAGAGGUGCUUCAACUUCCCUUGCGGUUAUGCCGGCUUCUUUUUUGUGGCGUGGGUUGCCAAGUGCAAGCAUUAAGAUCUGUAGAGCAACAUUUGAACUUAGAAGAGCUUUACGUGCUUGGUACGAAUUGUGUGGAUAAUGGAACUAGGGAGGGCCUGGAGAAGUUUCUUAAUGCUGCUAGCACUGAGCCAGAAACAGUUCUUCAUUAUGAAUUUAUGCAAGAUUACAAGGUACACUUGAAGCAUUUGGAUGGCCACAUCGAAGAGGUUCCUUAUUUCUGUCUACCUGCAAAUGACUUAGUUGAUGUUAUUGCCCCGUCUUGCUAUAGCUGCUUUGACUACACAAAUGGGUUAGCAGAUUUGGUGGUGGGAUACAUGGGUGUUCCUAAGUAUUCAGGAGUAAGCAUGCCAAAGCAUCCACAGUAUAUUACGGUCAGAAACCAACGCGGUAAGAAAAUGCUUAAUCUGGUAAAGAAUCUAUUGGAGAUUACACCUACAAUCAGCACUGGUGAUCGCCGCCCAUUUGUCAUGGAGACAGUUAAAGCUGAUGAUGCUGCAAAAAUGGGGAAAGGCCCUUCUCAACCUGCACCUAAGUUUGUUGGGAAUCUAAUCGCGUUUAUUCUUAACUUGAUUGGUCCAAAAGGUUUGGAAUUUGCGCGUUAUUCGUUGGAUUACCACACAAUACGUAACUAUUUGUAUGUAAACCGCACUUGGGGAAAACAAAGAGCUGAUAAACAUAUGCCUUCAUAUGCCAAAAAGAUUGUAGAUCGGUACAAUAAAAAUGGGGAGAUUGAUCGGUUUCUCUCCAACAACUAAUUACUCAACAAAACAUCCAGUAAGCCCUGUCCUCCCUUUCAGAAAUAGUUUCAUGUUUCUGAACAUAAUUUCCAAAAUAGGUGUUCUAGAAGCAUAUUUGAAUUCCAGGUGCGCAAUAUAGUUUUUUAUGAAAUAUCAAUGACCACCAUGUUCUGACACGUAAAACCCCUCUGACCUUACUGCCACUACACAUGGGUGUCAUAGUGGAAUUCUGAAGAACCUCGCGAUAUGAGUUUACACUAUUGCUGUAUAAGUUGCAACCUAGAGCUCAACCAACAAGGAGUGGAUAUACAGUAAGUUAUAUAAGUAGCAUCCUUGAACUCAACCGACAAGGAGAUACAUAACUGGCAUCCUAGAACUCUAGUCAACAAGGAUUCGCUUCAAGUCUUGUUAGUAGCAUCCUAGAGCUCAACCAACAAGGAGAUAAGUUUUUACAAUAUAUUAUAUAUAACUGGCAUCCUAGGACUCUACCCAACAAGGAUUUGCUUCAAAUCAUGUUAGCCACCUCCUCAGAUCUCUCUCUCACUGAUGGCACACGAUGUGGGACGGAGAGGUUGCCUCUGUUUGCAGGGCAUGCAAGGAAGAAAGCGGAGGAAAUACUACAAGUGAUCAAUAAGCUUCAGUCUCUGCAACCACAUACAACCUUCUAUAUUCUUACCAUACAUGUGCCGAUGGAGUCUCAUGACUUUGACUGGACAUGGUUGGCAAAGAGACCACAACUCCGGGAUGGAUAUCAAAACCAACAGGCCAGCCUAGGCUAUUGGAAACUGGAUGUUGCUCUUGUUGAUGGGCUAUUUGCCGUGCAAUUAUGGAUAUGGGAUUGCUUUCUUUUUGAGUGACAAGGCAUGAGAAUUAGGUUGUUCUAAGUCCACGUAGAUACCAACCAAACUUCCUAAUAUAAGAAGUCCCGCUCAAGAAAAACACAAAACUUAGGGAGGGUAUUCUAGGAUCCAACUACGAUUACCUUGUCUGCAUAAUCUUAACCAGGAAGGUUUGCUCAGCCUGGAUCUUAAAUAAAUAUCUGAUUAGGGAUGGAUAAAUCUUUUUCACUCAACAAAUAUGAGAUUUCCUCUGGUUUGCAAUCUAUAAAAGAAUUUAAACUUUGAUCUAGGCCUAGAAACAUUUGCUUGAUUUCCUCUGGCCUCUGUAUUUAUUUAAUUUAACAGAAAAAGUUACAACUAGGCAAACGUAUAUCUCCUCUCUUUCAGUUCAUGGAUCUCACUGGCUUUGCCUAACUAAUAGUGUUGGCAAACAAAGAACAAACACAGUCAGGUCACAUGUUCUCACAUGCUGUUUAGAGUUGACAUUCGCCACGUGUCUUCAUCUUUUUUGUUGUUUAAAGAAUGUUGACACCGAUCGAUUCUCAACAGUUGUUAAGCAUAUAACGGUAGCUAGCCUCGAUCAUGGUUCUGCACUACUUUCUUUCAUAACAUAUAUCUAUAGCUGAUUCGACCAACUUCGGCUGUUCCUUAAAUGGAAUUGACUCACUGGUUUGGUAGACAACUCAGUGGUGGCAAAGGAUACUCUCAUGCUUUCAGUUUCAGUUGGCAAUUGUAGAAAACAAAAUUUGUGAGUCCACUGUUUACUCCAAAUCUAAUUGACUACCGAGUUUUAGUCUAAUGAGCACAGCAUCUUUUUGUCCUUAAAAAGCUAAUAGUCUAACAUCAUGUUUGUUUUUUCCUCAAUAUAGGUAGAGGGUUCUACAUAGAGGUUUAUCUCUAUAUCUAUAUAAAUAUCACUAUAUGAUGUCUCUUAAAAUCGUGUUUGUUUGACCACUAUCUAACAACUCUAUAUUAUGUAGCCAAUUUUAUAUAUUUCUCAUUUUACUCUUAUAAAAUUCAAAAAAUCCAUGAAAAUCCGCUACAACAAAAGAUGUUCACUUUUUUUUGAAACGGGGCAAACAUGUCACUUUUUUUGAAACAGAACAAAAAUAUCACUUUUUCUAAAACGGGUGAAAGUAUCAUUUUUUCUGAAACGGGGCAAAAAAACACUUUUUCUGAAAUGGGGCAAAAAUAUCACUUUUUC